AGUGCACUAUAGUCUUUAUGUAUAAGAACUUUUAAGGCAGUUGCGUUAUAGAAUCCGAAAUUAAUCCUUAAUUUCUGAAAACUAAUAGAAAAAAACAAGUUAAAAUUAAUGUGAGUCGUAAUAAAAAACACCUAGGAAAAAACAUUGUCUUAGAUAUGUGGUGGAAGCGGAAGCAAAUUUUGGAAAGGACUGGAACUUUUGUGGAGCACCACCGAUCUCCGCAACGAUCGGUAGUGCCACAUUACUGGUUUCACAGAGCCACCCCAACAGUAAUAACAAGUUUCCACAGUAGCACAUCUACUCGAUACAGCUAGGAUAGAGAAGGAUCGGGAGAUAUAUGAUCUUUAUCUUCUCAAAUGGGAUAAUGAAAUUAUGGAGGGUUUUUUGGAUUGUAGCGUUACAACAGCCACAGCAUUCGAGUUUUGAUAAGACUUGAGUGUCUGACAAAGGUCUCAUUCAUAUAUAAGAUCAAGUAAUUGCUGGUAAUCUUUAUGAGUAUAAAAGCUCAGAAAACAGUCAAAUUUCGAGUCAUUUCCAGCAAAACCGUAUUCGAUAAUUAUUAAGUCUUCAGUGUCUAAUAAAGUUGACUAAAGCAAUUUAGAAUGAUUAUGUGGAGUGAUGUUGUGUUUCUCGUUGGAGGAUUCGUUGUGCUCGUUUAUUUCUACUUCAAACGCAAGUACUCCUACUGGGCGGAACUUGGAGUACCUUAUGCAGAACCAAGCUUUCCUUGGGGCAAUAUCGGUCAAGUGGGAUCGAAGUUGCAUUCAACAGAAUUGUUCCAACAAUUCUACAAAAGAUUUAAAGGGAAAGCUCCUUUAAUGGGGUUUUACGCAACAAUAGCCCCACAAGUGUUUCUCAUGGACCUUGAUCUUAUUCAGAGAAUCCUAAUAAAGGAUUUCCAUAACUUUCAUGAUCGGGCCCGGUACUAUAACCUCAAGGAUGAUCCUAUAUCGGGUACUCUCUUCAGCAUCGAAGGUGAGAUGUGGAGAACCCUAAGAACUAAGAUCUCACCUACAUUUACCAGCGGCAGAAUGAAGAUGAUGCUUCCGACAGUGAUUGAUGUUGCGCAAAACUUCCAUAAAACUCUAUUUGAAAGGAUCGGCGAUAGGGCUGAAGUUGAAAUUAAGGAUUAUCUUUCGCGUUUCAGUACUGAUGUUAUAGGUUCUUGUGCAUUUGGCCUUGAUUGCAAUAGUCUCAAGGAUCCUAAUGCGAAAUUUCGUAUCUACGGUAAUAAAGCAGUUCGUAUGAGCUGGUUGAAGAAUAUAGUCGUAAACUUCGCAUCAUCUUUUGUUGAACUUUCUCGGAAAUUACAUAUCAGAGCAAUUGAUAAGGAUGUAUCUGAUUUCUACCGAGGUGUAGUCUUUGAUACUGUUAAUUAUCGAGAAGAGAAAGGCGUGCAACGAAAUGAUUUCUUGAACUUGUUGAUGCAGAUCAAGAAUCGUGGGAACCUAGAUGGCGAUCCUAUUGACAAUGAAGGGAGAUUGACUUUGGAAGAGAUUGCUGCCCAAUCCUUUGUCUUUUUCCUAGCAGGAUACGAGACAAGUUCAACUACAAUGACGUUUGCCUUAUACGAAAUGGCAAAGAAUCCGGAAAUUCAAGAAAAAGCCCGGAGGAAUGUAGUCGACACUCUGGCUAAAUAUAAUGGUGAAUUUACUUAUGAAGCAGCAAUGGAAAUGACUUAUCUCGAUCAGGUCAUUAAUGAAACGUUAAGAAUAUACCCAUCAGUUGGGAGCUUAACUCGUCGCGUUACUCAAGAUUAUGAAGUACCUGGGACUAAGUUUGUUCUGAAGAAGGGUCUCAGCGUUAUUAUACCCAUCCAUGCAAUACAAAAUGAUCCGGAAAUAUUUCCAGAUCCAGAUAAAUUCGAUCCGGAACGAUUUUCAGUGGAGAAUUCCAAAAAUCGUCACAAUGCUGCAUUUUUGCCAUUCGGAGAUGGUCCGAGGAAUUGCAUAGGCCUGCGUUUUGGUAUGAUGCAGGUUCGUGUUGGCUUGGCGACUGUUCUGAGGAGUUUCCUCAUUGAAACUUGCUCACGGACACCCAACCCGGUAAUUCUUCAGAAAGAUAACAUAACGUUGACCGCGCAAGGUGGUAUGUGGCUAAAGUUGAAGAGGAUUUCAAUAUGAAUUAACUGAUGAUGAGGGAAAGUUUUCUAUAGGAGAAAAUUAUUCCAUAUAAAUUUUUAUAAUUUUGUAUUGUGAUGUAAAUUCUUAAAAUUUCAUUAAAUUUGAGUAUAUUGUAACUGA